CAAGUGCAUCACUUCGAGCAAGUCCUUCGAAGAAGCUCGUCUAGUUCGGGAAGUGCCGAUGCCCUCCGGCAGUUCUCCGGUUCACUUAGCGGUCUGGCUCUCGGGCCACCUGAUUUCCUGAAAGCCAGCGUCCGCGUCAAGACAGACUACCUCCACUCGACUCGUCCUUGGGCGUGGGUGCUCCCUUGACCCCUCCCUCUCUCUGGAUGUCGUCUACUUUAGCCAAGUACGAGUCAUUCCUCAUCAAUAAUGUCUCCACUAUCUCCACCCUCGAAUCGACCCUAAGGUCUGUUACUUGGUUCCUCCCAGGCAGAUUCAAGGAUGCCGAGCUUGCGUCGGAGUCUGUGUCUGCCCUACUCAAUGUAACCAGCCUCUAUCAUGAUACUCUCCUUGCCCGGAUAGUCCAGAAUGAUUCAAAGUGGAAGCCCAUACUUCCCGUUCCCUUGCACACUCGCUACGCCCGUGCAUGGUGCGACAAGGAUAGCGCAUAUAAGUGGAUUGCAAGAACACUUGAGCUUCUCAAAUAUACGCAACUUCUUGUGGAAAUGGGCCUUCGUAGGAAGACUUCUGAUAAAACACGCUGGAGAGGGAUCAUUCUGUUGGAAACUAUCAAAGCAUUGCUUCGCUUUGCCCUCUUGAGAAUAACCCGCCGCCCCCUACUGUCGCCUGCCGUUCCCGAGCGAGACUUCGACCCAUCCACUCUCCCUCCCAAGUCUACCCUAUCUUCCCCUACCCUCGUCACCGAGAGCCUCCCGAGCUCCAUGCCCUCUACGCCCGAACAUUUGAAGAACAACCACGUCCCCCUACCUCUCAGCCCUAGUCCAUUGCUAGUCACCCCUCCCCCUCCAUCGCGUUCCGACUCCUCGGUUGAAGAUUACCUCCUCCCCAAGGCGCUCACAACUUCCUCAGUCAGACCUCCCCUUUCCCUAGUCAACAAACUUGCUACCCCUCAAGAUUGGCUAGCUGAAGCAAUCUAUAUUUUACGGCCAUUGAUCUACGCGAGUUUACUGGCUUCUGGACGGUUUAAGAACCGUGCUCUUGUGUCGGCGUUUGCACUGGAACUAGCUUCCCGGAAUAUGCGCCGCACACCCGCUCCUUCGGCUACUCUUGAACAGAAUGAGUACAGCCGCCGAGAUAAGGACAUGUUAUGGUACCUCCUACGGGGCUCAGUAUGGGACAACUACACUCGUCCCAAGUUAGAGCAGUUUACAAACAAGACCGCUCAAACUCCUAUCUUUGGCCUCUUUAGUGCCAUUGUUUCCGAUUGGAUACCUCUGAUUGACGAUUAUUAUUAUUACACUGCUCCAUAAUUUUUUUACUUAUUGGUGAUCAUUGGCCCUAUGCAAUACGAUAUGUG